AUGAGCGGCUAUCUCUGGAAAUACUUUCUCGAAGAUGAUGUCGACAGCUUUCGGCAUGUCCUCGCAACUCCCACGCAUACCAACCGGCCGGCAGCACAGAAAAGCCUGAGUGGCUGGCAGGCGAGCGCAUCUCCUGCACCUAUAAAUGGCAGUCCGGGUAGCUAUAAUGCUUCUCCCAUGACAGCUGCAAAGGCUCGGAGAACGGGCAUGGGCGCAGCCGCCGGCUUGAGUCGCUUUGACAUCAACAGUCGCGAUGCCGCAGGAAUGACUAUACUGCAUCAUGCCGCCUCAUCCAUGGCCGACAGUGCCGUCGAUUUUGCACAAGCACUGCUAGAGCACCCAUGGACAGACUUGUACAUUCAAGAUACCGAAAACGGCUGGACCGCCCUCCAUAGAGCCUUUUACUUUGGCAACAUUGCCAUUGCACGCCUGAUCUUGAACAGAGAUGCGCAAGAUAUCUUAGGCCAGGGCUCUAGCGGAUUCAACCAGCAUGCUCGUGGACUUGUCAAGAUCAAGGACAAGGAGGGAUAUGGUCCCUUGGACUUGUUCUCCAUGACCAUCAAAGACCGGACUUUACGCCCGGAAGAGUGUCCUAUCCUCGAUUCAGAUUCGGAUGAUGAAUUGGCUCACGGAGACAGCGGUGACGUGGAUGACGAAACGCGCAAGAGGCUGAUUGCUCCACCUGUCUCGCUUGAUGGCGAUGAAGUGUACACAUUUGGCAGCAACAAAAAUGUAACCCUUGGUUUUGGGGACGAGGAUGACCGGCAAUUCCCUGAACGCAUUACUUUGCGCCGACCAGAUCACCUUCUGCAACGUUUCUACAAGGAGCACCUCGACCAGCAAAACCAACAUUUUGCAGCUAUGGGCAUUCCAACCCAGGAUUCAAGCUCCCAACCGCGCAGUACAGUAGAUUUACCGAUACACAUUCGAAACACUCCAAUAGUCAUUCAAGAUGUUCGAAUGUCCAAGUUGCACACCGCUGUACUAACAGCAGAUCCAAUUUCUAAUCUGUACAUGUGUGGCCAUGGCCCAGGUGGUCGCUUGGGCACAGGCAACGAAACUACGAGGUAUCAAUUUACCUGUAUUGAAACUGGGGGAUUGGCACAGAAGCACGUUGCCGCCAUUGCUCUGGGGCAAAAUCAUACUUUAGCAAUUACAGAAGAAGGCGAAGUCUUCUCAUGGGGCAACAAUGCUUACGGACAACUUGGUUAUGCAUUGCCCAAGCCAGCUGUGAAAGAUGACGACCCAAUCUCGACCAUACCACGACAGAUCUUUGGACCGCUCAAGCGCGAAAUCAUUACAGGCAUUGCCGCAUCGCGAAUACAUUCAGUUGUACACACAGCCACCUCCCUGUACACAUUUGGCAAAAAUGAAGGUCAGCUGGGGAUUGUCGAUUCAGACGCUCGUUCGUUAGGAAUGCAAGUCAUUCCUCGGAAGAUUGCCGCUGCACUCUUCUCCAGUCCUAUUCAUUCGGUAUCGGCCAUCGACGGCGCAACAAUAUGUCUCUUGGAGAAUCGCGAAGUUUGGGUUUUUGCAAACUAUGGCUACGCAAAAGUCAGCUUUCCUUUGGAUGGAUUCACCAGCAACUUCCUCAAAGAAAGCUGGUUAACCACAAAGUACGACACUGCACCCAACAAAAUCAGCAAAAUAACUUCAGGAGGAGACACCAUAUGUGCACUGUCCACUUCGGGCGAAGUCUUCACUGUCGCCGUCAGCCGACGCUCCGAGUCCUCGCAAGACUCCAGUACCUCUACAACAAAUCCUAAACAGAUCAGGGGAGCCCUCUCUGCGCCUUUCCGAAUUUGGUCAUCUAAGAAGAGUCACAUGGCAGCAAGGGAUGUGGACGUAGACCAGGAUGGAUCCAUUAUAUUGACGACUGAAGUUGGCAGCGUCUGGAGACGCACAAAAAGAGCGACCAUCAAAAACGCGGCAGUCACAGCUGCUGUCGAAAGCAAACCAAAAGACUACAAGUUCCAGCGGGUUUCAGGUCUUACUCGAGUUAUUGCUGUCCGGGCUUCUGCUUUUGGCGCAUACGCCGCGAUACGCAAAGAUUGUGAUGUUACCCGGACACAGAUAGGUGUCGAUGAAGCCAGUCUGUGGGAGAAUUUCUCUCCUUUGCUGGCUUUCCAUGAGUUGACAAACUAUGAAGAGACAUCAGACGAUGAGGAGCCUGCACCGAGGUUUUGGACAAGGGGCGCAGACGCACAAGGCCUUCGCAAGCGAGUUCUCAAGUCUAAAGAUCUAGAAAGCGAGACAACAGAGGUUGUGCAGCGUUCGUUGGUAGCAUCCGACCGCUCUUAUAACAUGGAGGUUGGAUCUACUCUAUCCGAUGUCCGCAUCCCUGUGCAUGAGUUUAUUCUGGCUGGACGCAGUCGCAUCUUGAGGGAUGCUCUACUCGACUUUCGUGUCAAAGGCUCUGAAUACACCAUUCCGGAUUUAUUGAUCAUAAAGGAGGAAAACAAAAAGCUCGUCUUGAUAUUCCAAGGUAUUGACUUCUUAACCGUUUUCAACUUGGUCCUGUACGCCUACACUGACUCAGUUGUCGAUUUCUGGAACGUCACUCGCCACUAUCCUACCAUGGCACACAGAUAUCGCGCUGUGCGGACUGAACUGAUGAGAAUUGCUCUACGUCUGGAAAUGCGACAGCUUGAACCUGCUGUGCGACAGAUGGUACAUCCGCGAAAGUCUUUGCACGUGGAUAUGGAAUUGGCCAUCAGAGACCAAUCUUUCUUCGAAAGUGGUGAUAUCAUUGUCGAUCUUGCAGAUGGUGAAAUGUUACUACAUUCGGAUGUCAUUUGCCAGCGCUGUCCCUUUUUCGAGGGCCUGUUCAGAGGACGCGCUGGUGGUCAAUGGCUUGCAGGAAGACAGAACGACGAGUCUUCUCUGAUCCACAUCGAUUUGACUCACGUCGAGACGCGUCUCUUUGAACUUGUGGUGCGCCACUUGUACACAGACGCUGGCGAAGAGAUUUUUGCGGAUGUUACAAGCGAAGAUCUCAACGACCUGCUGGCCCUCGAUGAACUGCUCGACCAUGUCAUGGACGUCAUGUCUGUUGCCAAUGAGCUGAUGUUGGAACGUCUCUCGCAAAUCUGCCAGAGAUUGAUUGGCCGUUAUGUCAAUGCUCGGAAUGUUUGUUCUCUUCUUACAGCAGUCGCACCUAGCUCCGUGGCAGAGUUCAAAGAUGCUGCUCUCGAAUAUGUGUGCCUCAGUCUGGAAGCGGUGAUGCAAAAUGGCUCUCUGGACGAACUGGACGAGGACUUACUGCUAGAGCUCAACCUGGUCGCUCAUGAGAACCAGCUUGCCUAUCUACCAUUUGCACGAAGUGGGCGGGCUGAGACUCUUUUGUUUGAUCGGUACCCGGAGCUUGCCGAAAGGAUUGAGCGAGGGAAGCGCGCCAAGAUUGAUGCAAUAGUGUUGUCGAACAAAUAUGCGGAGAGCGAGAAUAUACCGAGCUCUUUUCGAGCACAGAGUCUAGAAGAGGUAGCGGCCUCACCUCUCCGCCAGCGUAACAAAAGGCGGGUGUCCAAGGAAGUCAAGAGUCCUACGCUGGCUCCCACGCUCCAAGGCAAGUCUUCUGCCCAAGACUUGAUGUUUGAAAUGUCGGAUGGGGAGGAAGAAACCGACAUCCCCAAGAAAAUUAAGCCUCCACGCUUCACCGAAGAGGGCGAGGUCGAGAGAGGAAUUGAAACACCCAUCGGGUCCCUCGAGUCGCCCUGGGGAUCUGUUCAGAAGCCGAGCCGGCCACCACUGCAAAGUAUUGUAGGAGACGGGGACAUACCUCUCAAAUCUGUUAGUCCUUUACCACCACCUGCCAUCAAGGAUACAAGGCCGCCCGAUCAACCUUGGGGCACUGCACCACUUGCAGGCCCCAAGCUUGACCUCAAAGACAUAAUGGCCCAGGAUUCUUCAGCUACUCCUUCGAACCUAUCGCUCGGAUUUUCUCGAGGGGAGAACGAACGUAUUGCCAAGGCAGCACAUACAAAACUUUCUCAAAAGGAACGCAAGCGCCUUCAACAGGCUCAGCAACUCGGCACAUCAAUCGAAAAAACACAGCCUGCGCCGCCAGCUGUAUCGCCAUGGCAGGCUGCUGCGCAUCGGAAACCAAGCGCCCCUCCAGUCAUAUCUCCAGUAGCACAACCACAGCCUAAGCCUUCGCCACAGCCUUCACGUGCCUCCAGCACACCUCAGCUGACCAUGCGCCAAACCGUUGCGAACAAGGGAGGGAACUCCAAGCAAAAGGAAAAGCGUAAGGCAUCCCAAAGCCAAGAGGCGCUCGGCAGUGCAUCUCCUUCAAAGACCCAUCCUGCAGCUUCUGAGCGAGGAAUGUCGGUUUCAACAGACCCAAUUCCUACACCUCGAUCUGUGCGCCAUAUCCCUCUGCCCCAACAUUCUCCCACCUCGCCCAGCCAGCAUCUUAGCAUGAUGGAGAUCUUAUCACUGCAGGAGGCUGAAAAGACCUCAAUACGCGAUGCAGCGGCAAAGCGUAGUCUUCAAGAGAUUCAGCAGGAGCAAGAGUUCCAACAGUGGUGGGAUCAAGAAAGCAGGCGCGUUAUCGAAGAAGAGGAGCAGACAAAGCGCCUAAUAGAGCGAUACUCUAAAGCUGCCGGUCAGGGCCGAGGCAAGGGGAGGAAUCCAAAGGGAGCCAAGGCAAAAGGGCAGGAAAAGAAAGAUGACGGGGAAAACGCCACACGCGGCAAGGGAAAGAAGGAAUCAAAGCCUGGUCUUCCUCCUGCCUCUACCAGCGAGAACCCGCAACCCAAGCCACCCGUAAAACAAGACGGUGCCAGCCGAGGCGGCCGAGGAAGAAUCGGUCGUGGCGGGCGCGGUGGCUCUAGAGGCGGACGCGCUCAGGGAAUACCAAGAGAUGGUGCCGCGCAGCAAGGACCGGUUGCGACGGCGUCGCAGCCUUGA